AUGACAACCCAACCGCCUCAAGACCAGACAUCAACCACCCCCUCACUCCCCCCACACCUCGACCCAACCACCUACCCACGAACCCUCACCUCCGCAACCCACAACAUCCAUCUCGAACUCACCUACUCGACACUGAACCCCACCGUCGCACUCGAGCAUACCUCCUCCCCGGCAGCAGGGGCCAAUGUCCUCUUCCUCGGCACAACACGCAACACCUUCGAAGGCCGCGCCGUCUCCCAGCUCAGCUACACUUCGUACCCGCCUCUAGCGCUCAAAUCGCUCAUGUCAAUCGCUACCAGGGCGGCGGAGAAGUUCGAUCUAAAGGGGGUGUAUAUUGCGCAUCGGCUGGGGGUUGUUCCAAUCUCGGAGGCGUCGAUUGUGGUUGCGGUUAGUGCGGGGCAUCGAGGGAUGGCGUGGAAGGCGGGCGAGGAGGUGCUGGAGGAGGUGAAAGAGAAGGUGGAGAUCUGGAAGAGGGAGGAGUUUGUGGAUGGGGGGAUGGAGUGGAGGGAGAAUAGGGAGAGAGAUGCGGAGGGGAGGUUAUUAUCUUCGACUGAGGGGGGAAAAUAG